AUGGAGGCCGUCUGUUAUCAAGCUCCUCGCAAAGUCGAGCGUAUUACCGCUCCGAUCCCUACUAUCCAGGAUGAUCAAGUCCUAAUCAAGGCUGAGCAGAGGACCUCUCCAGUUACCUGCUGUGGUAUCUGUGGAACGGAUUACCAUCUUGCAGAGGGAGAAUUCAUGGCCAAGUUCCCUUUGAUCCCAGGCCAUGAAAUCGUAGGUUUCGUCCUGGAAAUCGGGAAAGACGUGAAGGGCUUGGAGACUGGCGAUCGUUGCGUUGUGGACAACACCAUCUUCUGCGAUGACUGCCACUACUGCAGACGCGCCGAAUACCUCUACUGCGAGAACUGGGAAAGUCUUGGCGUCACGAUGGGUGGCGGAUUCGCUGAAUAUGUCGCUGUACAAGCCAAGAAGGUCUAUAAGAUCAAUAACCUCACCGACCAGGAAGCGACGCUCGUGGAACCCACCGCGUGUGCUAUCCAUGGAAUGGACAAGCUCUCUCCUCCCGUCGGAGUCGAGGUUCUGAUUCUGGGUGCCGGACCUACUGGUAUCUCCUCCAAGACCCAGAUCGCGAAGGAUAUGAACCUAGCCGACGAAUACUUCGAGCUGGACAGAGUUGAUGCGUCGGCUCAGUUCCAAGAACUGAAGAGAAGGCACCCCAGAGGCUUCGAUGUCGUGGCUGAAGGAACGGCCGUGGAUUUGCAGAUCGAGGCCACUGGAUCCGAGAGGGUAGCGAACAAUGCCAUCGACUACGUUCGCCGAGGAGGGACCUUGAUGAUUUACGGCGUGUAUUCGAACGAUGCGCGCGUCCAUUGGUCUCCUGCGAAGAUUUUCGGUGACGAGAUCAGGAUCAUCGGCUCAUUCGCGCAGACCCACUGCUUCCCCAGAGCUGUCGACUACCUCGAGAGAGGUAAAAUCAAUGUUAAGCCUUUGAUGAGAAAGGACCCUGAAGUUGGAACGAAACAGGUCACGGACUCGUUCACCAUCCGAGAGUACCCUCAAGCGUUGGAGAAAUUGAAUAGCAAGACAGCGUGUAAGAUCGUGGUGACGCCAUAA